AUGGCCAAUCUACACGGCGCAGUCAAGAAAGCAUGGCAUCAGCCAGAUGGUUGGCAGACGGGGACCAUGGACGAGGAGGAAGGUGUGCACACGACAGCGACAGUAACAGUAGGCGAGAGAUGGCCUCUGUCUGUGCUCUGUCGCAGGGCAGGACAGGGCACUUGUAGGCCCGCCGAUCAGCGAAGAGGAUGA